CUUCUGCUUCCCCCCAGGGCCAUUUCCAAGCAGGACUCUGGUGUGUCCUGUUCCCAGUUCGUGCCACAAGAAGCUCAAGCAGGGAAAACGAGAUGCGGACUGUGGGGGUGAUGCUGAUCUGCCUCGCUGGAGGGCAGCUCACAAGUGCCACACUCUGCAAGACCUAUGGCACCAUCCCAGGCAUCCCCGGGUCACCAGGCCAGCCUGGCAGGAAUGGCAUAGAUGGGGAGAAUGGCCAAAAGGGGGAGCGAGGUCCCCCUGGCCACGUGGAGGAUGAAGAAGAGAUUGGGGAGAAGGGAGACCCAGGGGCACCGGGGUACCCUGGGAAGGUUGGCCCCAAGGGCCCCACAGGUUCAAAGGGAGUUCCAGGCAUCAUGGGUCCUCCUGGGCCCCAGGGAGACUCUGGUGACUACAAGACCAAUCUGAAGUCUGCCUUCUCAGCUGCCAGAAGGAUUAGCUUCCUCCCACGCCGAGAGCAGCCCAUCCGCUUUGACCGCAUCAUUACCAACGAGAACAGCCACUAUGAGAACCGAUACGGCCGUUUUACCUGCCAGAUCCCAGGCAUCUACUACUUCACCUACCAUGUCACAUCCAAGGGCAACCUGUGCAUCAACAUAAAGAAAGGCCGGGGUGGCAGCAAGGGUGAGAAGGUGGUGACCUUCUGUGACUACGUGCAAAACAGCUACCAGGUCACCACGGGUGGUGUGGUGCUCAAGAUGGCAGCAGAAGAGUCUGUCUGGCUGGAACCAACAGAGAAGAACUCCGUCGUAGGGAUCGAAGGGGCUGACAGCACCUUCUCUGGCUUCCUGAUCUUCCCUGAGGCUUAGUCUUCUGCAGACACCACCUGCACCCCUUCUGUAGCCCCUUUCCUGCUGCUGGCCUCUGCUAACUGCAGCAGAGGGCCAAGGUCUCCCUUGGAAAAGACUCUGCUCUAGACAUGGUGCCCUGAGCCCCUUGGGGUGUAAGUGCCUAUUCCCACUGGCCAGGAACGUUAAAUGACUGCUCCUUGUGCUGCUGGUUCCUUCCUGCCCAGGUUUUGCCUCUACUUCUCUGUCUCAGAGCCUGGUUCUGGAGCUUUCCGAGCUCUUGGGUACUGUUAGGGAAGAGGGAAGGGAGAGCAGCCUUUAAAUUCACACAGCACACCAAAGACUGAAGCAGGCAUAGCUAAAGCAAGGGCAGCAAGGAGCGCAUAUGUCAAAUGUUUGGGUGUGAAAUAAGCAGUCUGCCUCCCGCAACACAGCACGAUGCCUGGCUGGGCCGUUCUCAGCAAGUGCAGUGGGAUCACAGACCUGUGCUUUCCCCAGGCCAGGAGAUGCUGGAUAAAGCUAAGCCUGACAGCCAGCAGGCAUUCUGUUGCAGCCUGGACGCUUUGAUACCCACCCACCUGAAGAACAUGCAGAUCGCCAGGCCAACCCUACCACUUCCCAGGACACUGCUUCUUGUACAUCAGGGUGCAGACCAGGCUUACUUGCACCUCAUCACUGCUGAGCAGAGCCAGUCAAUAAACGCAAUUCCUGCUACAGAC